UUCACUGGUUGACAACCGGAGCCAACCCAAUAGUAGACCAAAUGUAAUGGGGAAGUUCUGAAACACAAAACUCAAAGAAAAGUUGGGAACCCCAUCAUUUGGAAAGGUUUUUUCAACCAGUCUAGCCUGCGCAUUCUUAUUGAACUUUUGUUUUGGAGGCAUGCAUCACUGACCAACAUGUUGGUGUCACCUGCACACAGAGAGCAUGUAUUAUCAUGGGAAUCCAAGGUGGAACAUGUAGACUGAGACGCUCACACUGACACUAAAUCUAUUAUUUUUGCUGGACGGUCAGCACAGCAUUCCGCUUGACUGAUCAGCGAUGGCCUUGGAGGCAGACAGCGACAGAGGUUCAUCAAGAAGCGCUCAUGAAAAAUAUCCCCGGGCAGCGUUAGAGCGCAACGGCUACGUGAAGACAUGUGUCACCCCGUUGCACCAGGACGCAUGGAGCCAGUCGUGGCUGAGAGUCGCCGUGACAUGGACUUGCCGAAGAGUGUCGUCUGCGGUCUGUGUUGCCUCAGUCUCCGUUAUUCUCGCUCUGCUGCUCAGAUUGGUCGACUGGGAUGCAAGCAGCAGCAGCGACGCAAAUAGCAGCGGCUCUCGUCUUCAUUUCGUGGUAAGCUGCGCUGGGGAGCUGCUCUUGACUGUGUGCGAUUGCGUCUCCCCCGUUUUUACACUCGUAUGUGCCUUCUUCUGGGUCGGGUUUUAUCUGAUUCGUUGCGGGGUGCUCAUCCGCAACGCGGUGUUUUUGUUGGCCGUGUGCAACUUGGGUGAAGCCGCGGCGCAGUCCCUCCUGCGCGGCGCGGAGGAGCAGCUGCUGUCUCUUCCCGCAACCCUGGUAGUCCUCGGCUGCCUGGGCAGCGGGGCUCUGCUGGUCGUCCGGCUGCGUCAGGGAGUGUCCAUCCUCGUCUUCAUUAGCGUCAUCAGGACCGUCUCACUCAUCUCUCUGGGCAGAUUCCGGGCCAGCUGGAGACCCUACCUGGCCUACCUGCUGGGGCUGCUGGGGGUUUUGCUUGCGAGGUAUGCUGACCGGCUCCUGCCGGCCUCAGGGACCAGCGGGACGGGGUGCUGUGGCUCUGUGACCGGGGCGAAGGAGGAUGACAUCCCUGUCUUCAAAAGGAGACGGAGGUCCAGCUCCAUAGCGGCCUCGGAAAUGAUGGCUCACAGUCAGAGCAACAGCAAGUCCCACCGCAGGACUUCGCUGCCUUGCAUUCCGCGGGACCAGUCUUCGGGCACGAAUGUGGUCGUGGACAUCGCAGUGAUGGGGGAGGCCCACGGUCUGAUCUCAGACCUGCUGGCAGACCCUUCGCUGCCCCCCAACACCUGCAGCUCCCUGAAGGCCGUCAGCAACCUCCUCAGCACCCAGAUCAGCCUCCAGCCGCUCCAUCGGCCCCGCAUCCCUGCAGACAUAAACACCUGCUCUGACUCGGAGGAGGGGCCGGAGAAAAUAGAGAGACUGGCCAUUCCAAAGCGUCUAAGACGGAGCUUGCCCCCAGGAUUGCUCAGGAGAAUCUCCUCAACUUGGACCACCACCACCUCAGCUACAGGGCUGCCCACCAUCGAGCCGGGCCCUGUGCGCCGAGACCGCUCAGCCAGCAUCAAACACACCACAGAGAGUGAAUCGUGGAACAACUCCUUGAUGAUGACCAUCUCAAAGAGUCGCUCCAUGUCCGCCUCCUAUGCUGCCAACAUCACCAUCAACCACCUCUACGACAAACCACUGGGAAGACCAGGUUUCCCCCCCUCCAACGUAUCACCUCUGGGCUCUCCGUGCCCAUCUCCUCCCCACCAGGGCACGCCUGCCUCCAGCCCAACCAUCAAGACAUGUUCAGUGCAGCUUCCCGAGCUGGCUGUGCCCCUUUUAGAACAGACCCCUGGCUCUGUGGCCCCCAAGAGCCACCACAGAGCCUUAACUCACAGCCAGAGCGCCCCGAGCUCCACCACCCCUCACUGGCGGCCUGCAUCACUCUGCGGCAGCUGUGGCAGGCCGUUCAACAAUCAAUUGAACCACAGGGGGGAAUCUGUCGACAAAGGGGACAGAAUACCCCAUCCAGGUAAACAGCAGAAUGAGCGCGCAGUAGCUUCCUCAGACUAUGACAGCACCUACGACAGCACCUAUGAGACCAACCACAGUGACAGCAGCGACUUUGCACAGAAUGAUGAGGAGGGAGAGGGAGGCAAGAAGCAGCCUGAAGCCAGGGAAGGUUGCAGGGAGUAUCUGGCAGAGGGCAUCGUUCUUCACCCACUCCUGCCAUCACCAGAGGACAAGCCAAUCUCUGCCCAGGAGCCUCUGGCGGUGUCGGAGCUGGAGCCUCUCUUGUGUCAAAUCAACAACUGGAACUUUCCUAUUUUCAGUCUGAUGGAGAAGACCAAUGGCAAGACAGGCUGCAUCCUUAGUCAGGUUUCCUAUAAGCUCUUCGAGGACACAGGUCUAUUUGAGACCUUCAGAAUUCCUGUACGAGAGUUCAUGAACUACUUCCAUGCUUUGGAGAACGGAUACAGGGUCAUCCCUUAUCAUAACCGGAUCCAUGCCACUGAUGUGCUCCAUGCUGUUUGGUACCUCACCACUCAACCGGUACCGGGUCUGCCGACCCUGCUGACUGAGAAUGGGAUACACACUGACCCAGAGAAUGGCAUUUCUCCUGGUGCCACAGGCUUCCUGGUGUCCAAGAUGAACUCUGUGCUGGAGGACGGCUACAGCUCCCUGGCUGGCCUCAUCCCUGGCCUGGAGCUCAUGGCCCUCUAUGUAGCUGCUGCAAUGCACGAUUAUGACCAUCCUGGAAGGACUAACGCUUUCCUUGUAGCUACAAGUGCUCCGCAGGCUCUUCUGUACAAUGAUCGUUCCGUCUUGGAGAACCACCAUGCAGCUUCAGCGUGGAACCUCUUUAUGUCCCGACCUGAGUUUAACUUCCUGGCAAACCUCGAACAUGUGGAGUUCAAACGCUUCCGCUUCCUAGUUAUUGAAGCCAUCCUGGCCACUGACCUCAAAAAGCACUUUGACUUCCUUGCAGAAUUUAACGCUAAGGUGGGUGAUGAAGGGGUUUCCGGUAUUGAUUGGACCAACGAAAACGACCGGCUGCUGGUGUGCCAGAUGUGCAUCAAGCUGGCUGAUGUCAAUGGACCGCUGAAGUGUAAGGAGCUGCACCUGCAGUGGACAGAGGGCAUCGUCAACGAGUUCUACGAACAAGGUGACGAAGAAGCGAGCCUGGGCCUUCCCAUCAGCCCUUUCAUGGACCGGUCCGCUCCACAGCUCGCUAAACUGCAGGAGUCGUUCAUCACUCACAUCGUGGGGCCUCUGUGCUCCUCCUACAACUCUGCUGCUCUUAUGCCGGGACGCUGGGUUGACCCCCCUGAGGGAGAAACAGAUGCAGAAGAGGCGAAGGAGGGACUCGAUACAGAAGACGAAGAGGAGGAUACAGCAGAUGAGGACACAUCAACAAGUUCUGAGAACUCCCAGCGACAAGAAACCAACAAGGUGAGCAGGAGGAAAGUGUUUUGCCAGAUAACACAGCAUAUUCUGGAAAACCAUGAAAUGUGGACAAGAGUCAUCGCUGCAGAAGCUCAGGAGGAAGCUCAGAAUGAGGAGCCAAACUGCAUCAGCAGCCCCACUGAUCCAAUCACAGCCAUUCACGAGGAAGAGGAAGAGCUAGCAAGCAAGGAGGAGGAGUCAACUGACGGCCUCGAUGAAAGGGAAGAGAUACCGGCUAUAGAGGAAGAAGACAUCUUUCCACAAUCAGAGACUUCGGGGGAAAAAGACAAGGAACCAGAGUGAUAUUAUGAACUUUGUCUUCCUCGUUAAACCAGGAAUCUGAACGUUGUCUAAACAUUUGUAUUUCUUUCCUAACUAAACUCUUGAUAUGGUAGCCAGCACAUCACUUCGACACAACACUGUAGAAGAUAUCUGGGGUAAUAUGUGCCUAACAAAAACCUGAGUUUGAGGACAGGGAUUAUGCAUGCCCAGUUUAUCUGUUGAGGGAAGAGAGGUGCAAUGAGCAAAAGAAAAAAAAAUAUUGGGACUGUACUUGUUUUUGCUGUAGUGUUUGAUUUAGUCUGGAUCGGCUGCCCUCACCCAGGCUGCCCGUCCCACUACAGGCUAACCACGCAGAUUCACAGAUUCAUUCCACCAGUGAGUAAUACACUGUCACAACCACCCCCCCCCCCCCCUUCUUGUUGCACUGAGCCACUCAGCUGGUGGAGGAUGUGCAACAAGUCCCUUCUCCGUGAAGACAAUGGGAUGAAAGCCAGGGGAAAAGCUGUGUCCAUUGGGGCUCAGCCGUGUGGAUUUCAGAGGGAGACGGGGAAAAAGGCCCAGUUGUAGUACAUUGUGAAUACGGACAUACACCCACACAAGCUUCACACACACGCACACAAUGCUACUGUAGAAUCACAUUCCAUUCUCGGAACAGAUAAGAAGUUUAACAAAGAACCCUGUUGCUCUAAAAGCUUUAUUCUCGCUCAAGGAAAAACAUACAAAACAAGGGUUUUGUUCAUGUACUACAAUGUUUGUCCGCAUGUUCUCUCCCUGUGUUUUCUUACAAAAGUAAGUCCAGCACACCUACACGUUUCAAAGCCACACAACUCAGGAAGGCAGAAAUCCAUAGAGAAAAAAUGACCUGGACAGGACGUGUAGCUUCCUUGUCCUUUUACUUGCCGCUUUUACAAGAUCUUCUUUCUAUGCUGUUUGUGAUGCUUUUGAAUUACUCAGACACGUGGUGCCCUUUGUGAAAAACAAAGGGCACCACAAGGAAAACAAGGUAAUAGAUCACAUUAUACUGUAGAACACAACUCUAUUGAAUUACUGCUUUUUAAGUGUAAGCUCCCCUUAUGCUACAACACUGCAGAUCAUACUGUUAAUUACAUCAAACCAAUUUACAAGACACAAAACUAGCUAAUAAGGUCAUGUGUUUUGUCAAGAAAAUAUAAUUUAUAUUCACAUGUUAUGCCACUUUCUAACUAAUGACCAGAAUUAUUUCUUCUUUGCAAUAUCAUUUAUAGCUGGUAUGUACUGUAGGCCAAUUUUUCCCGAAGUAAAUGAAUCCAGUAAGCCAUAGUGGCCCGGGAAAGAGUUACCUCACAGCUCCAAAUCACCCGAGAGGAUUAACCUCCCUCAUACAUAAAAAAAUCCAGGGGUUGCUGUGUACCCGCUAAAAACGAUUCAAUCAGAUACAAAUCCUUCAUUUGUUAUGUUGCACCAAAUUGCAAAGACCCAUUUUUUUUUUAAGCCUUGCUUUAAGGAAUAACACAAAACAAGGGUCACAGCUGCAUAAAUGUCUAUUGAUAAUUCAUAUAUAAUAUUAGUUAAUCCUUUUUAAAGUCAAAUUUAGAAUUGACGAAGUGUAAAACUGUAAUUUUCUGUGAUACUGUCAGGGUUUUCUUAACUAACACUGAGGAAAUCAAAAUAUGUUGUACAUUUAGUUAAUCCUCAAGGAGAGCCAAUAAAAAAGGGAUGUUAGAAUUUUACCAACACAGGUAAGGAGAUAAAAGUGGUUUGAAAAAGGCUGUAAUUGAAGAUGUCUGUAUUCUGCAUGGUUUCUUUUUAAAGUAGCAUAUACUGUAAUGGGCAAAAAAUAUAGAAAAUAUAGAGUUAGAGAAUGUUUCGUUGAGAUCUUAUCAUAGGUCAGCAGACCUGGAUUUUUUUUCUCCAUUGGCAGUCCUUACCAAUGACACGGUGUAUGGCCUAACAAGGUGUCUUUGCUCUCCUUUGAUGUUCUCAGAGAAUGAGACUGGUGGCGAUGGAGAAGAGUGUGAACACGGAGAACAGCCUUAGUAAUGAGACUUAGUAAUGAGAGAGGAAGGAGGAGAGGGAGAAGCCUUUUCGCCUGACUUGUAGUUGCUUAUGACAAGUCAAGGGGGGGGGGGUCUUAGAUCCUUUUCACAUUUCAGUAGAUUCCUCUAGAUGUAAGCCUUUGAAGAUGAGCCAUUUAGGUCGGAUUCCAAAUCAUGUGAUGAUAUACGUCUCCAAGUCUGCAAAAUGUAUUACACAGAUACUCAGUACAGUGUAUUUGAUCUGACAUUGGCAAAGCUACGCAGCACUGGGGAUUCAGGUUCAGAGAUGUAUAGAUGCUUUGUGUCUUCACUUACUGAUGUGUAGCAGUCAAUGUGUCAAAAUUGCAAAGUGAAUACAGGCACACUUUAACACAAUUGAAAGACUUUUGGGGAUUUUGACAGCACUUUUGGUAGAAGCUGCCUUAAGGCUUGCUCAGGAGGCGAUGUAGGCUGAUAAAUCACAGCAUGUGCUUCUAUCUGAGGGGCUUGUUAACAGAGGUAUUUAAGUUCAUUGAUAUGUUAUUUUUCUUCAGCUCUGUAGCAGGUAGGGAAUUUGCAAGAAAGCAGUCGUGGAAUCUCUGAGGCAACAUAAAAUGCCCAGGAGAAUUGUGAUUAGUUCAUUCACAAAGAGCAUUAGAUAGAAAUGUAAACAUCCACUAAGGAUACCAAUUAUACUUAAUUACAUUUAAUUAUUUAAAUGCACUGGACAAAAACAGCAAUCUAUUGAAUAGGCUUGUUUGCAGACACUAUCUAAGUUUUGUUCUGGCUGAACCUGCCCUACUGUGACCCAAUUUCUUAACUCAAUUAGAGUUUUACUAACUUUAAUACUGUCUAAAUCCUCAGCUGUAUCCAUUGCACUGUUAUCAAAACACCCAUUGUGCAAAAGAGGGCUCAACUGUGCAACCUAAUGCCCUUGACUGCUUAUUUCCUUUGUACGGAGAAGGGUGCAGUGGUGAGAAUGUUUUCACUGCUAUAAAAAAGAAAGCCUGUGCUCGUCGAUGCCUGAGCAUAUUGUUAGUGUUUCAGAUCCAGCUGAGAGGAAAAAAAAACAGGUUUAUUUAUUGUAGCACUUUUUAACAACAGGGAAGUUUGAGUUUAUUUAUAAAAGACAUAUUAUGCAUCAAAAAAAGAAAAACAAGUAUAUACAAAAAGACACAUUUGAAUGAAUAAAAUAAAAUGAAAGAUAAAAAAGCUAGAACAGAUUAAAACAAAAGUGUCAAACUCAGUGCUGCUUCUCCAUUUUUAGUUCUGACUUUGGGGACGGUAAGCAGACCUGACGCUUCAUGACGGAGCAGAAGAUAAGGCUUUUAUUUUGGCCCUAAAGCCAUUCGGUGCUUUAUAGACCAACAAACAAAUAGUCAAUUCCUUGACACACAGGAGGCCAGUGUAACAAUCUGAGAGCUGAUGUCGUCUCUCUUGGUUUUAGUGAGGACUCAGCGUUCUGAGGCAGUGCAGACGUCCCAUCGAUCCAAUUCUACAUCCUGCUGAGACUCAAACCUUUUAUUUUUGAUAUAAUCUUAUCGUGAUAGUAGAAUUAUUUGGUAAUUUUCUUAAGGUGGAUUUCAAAAUGUAGGUCUGACUCCAUGACUACACUUUUGAGUUCAUUAUUUCAGAUAUUUAUAUUCAGUCAUUUUUUAAUUGGCGAAAGAUUUCAUUGAGUUUCUCUUAUAAAACGUUGUCGGAAGUCCUUCCAGCUUUGCUAAAUUACCCCCUGCAUUGAUGUGGCUCAGUCCAUAAUGAAAGGAGCAAAUGUUGCUUGGCAACAGAAAAAAAGGAAAAGAGAAAGGUGUUAUCAGACCCCUGAAAAAUGUACGUCUUAUCUGCCAAAACGUAGUUUGUAGUAUAGCAAGUUCAUUUAUAUUUAUACAUGUCCCCUGCUGGACCUUAUGUCUUCCAAUAGCCUGUCCUUGCAUUGGCUUCUCAUGAUAAGUUUAUCUGUAGUGGUGAGAAUGAUCUGCACACCAGCUGAUACACAACUAUGUAAGGCAACCACAUGGGUCUUUUAGUUGAGCCUUUUUGAAGCUCUGUAGAUAUCAAAUUUCAGUUUAAAAAUGACACAAACUGUAAAAAGCUUUCUGUAAACAACAGGAAGUUGUGGCACUCAUGAAUGAGCUAUUGCUCCAUGCACUGUAAAUACGCGACGCACCGUAUAGUAUAUAUCGAGGCCUCACUUGCAAUCUAUUGUGCAUACUCUUGCAAUGGAUUUUUUCUUAUAUCUCACAUUUGCACCAUCCCAUGCCUACUUCUGUUUGGGAAUUUGUAGAUUUUCUCCCACUCCUUUCCCUUUAUUAGCUUGAAUUCUAACUGAUCAGAGAAUUCAAAGCUCACUAGGGAUCCAGUUAGUCAAAAUAGACACUUCCCUUCCUCUGAUCUCCCUUUCCAGCCCUGCCUCACUAACUGUAUACACUGCAGUGCAGCAAUCAAAGAGACGGAAUCAAAGCUGUGAUAUAAUUUGUUGUCGUUAUUCUUUUUGUUAACAAUCUGAAGCUGUGUGUCGCCAUUGAGGGGUUUUUUUGUCAGACAUAAGGAAAGGUUUCCUCAAAUCUUAAAGAGUAGCUUUCUUCAUCUUCGUUGGCUGGUUUAAUAAGUGUCUUGUGAAAUGUAAAGUAGGCUACAAAUGAUUAAGUGAAACGUUUUCAAACUUUUUUGGUAUGAUCCCAGUUUUGCAGUAACUUUAACCCAACCCUGCAGUGAUGUCAUGGUGUACUGACACACCUUGAAGUACACUUGUACAUCACUGCAGAGAAAGGUUAAACCACCUGAGGUCAGCAAAAACUUUUUUUGAGAGGAUGAUGAGUUGCUCUUUGAGUUUGUUUGACGCCCUUCCUUUUGGCCCUAUUAAAUAUCAACUACCCGCUGGCUCUCAAAAUUCUUUAUUUUCCUCAGAAAUAUUCUUGGCAACCAAACAUGAAAGCUCAUUUGACCAGUUUUUUUUAAUUAUCUGAGUGUCUCUUGGCAACAUCAGUGGCCAGAGACAUCUCGUUUUACAUCGUCUUUGUGUAAAAACUGGGACAGAACUCAACAAAAGAACAGGGUCCAUGACUAAAUUAUGUCAGUUCAUCAAAGCCAGUAUCAGUAGUUUCUUUUAAAUAGGGACGAGUAGAAGGCGAUUGCUGCACACUGAAUUAACUUGUGCAAACCAAAGAAACUUUAUGAACUCUGUCUUUUUCUGUGAUUUGCACAAAAAAGAGCCCUAAAAGGAGCAUGUUUCUUGCAUCUUCUUAUUUUUCAGUGUGAUUCGGAACCUAAGAAGGAUGUCUGGAUAUGCUUAGACUUGGUAACAAUUCUCAUGUACAGACAGAGAAGAUUAAAGCAUAAGAAACGUUCAAGCAUUGAUCUAACAGACGGUGUAGUAUUUUGAUGUCACUGCAUUGUGAUAGGCAGCAGUAGCACUACAGUGGACCUGGCAGACUGUUCUGCUCUCAGACUGAAGCCCUUUCUUUUGAUGGUUUGAACCAAAAACAUUCAUUUUUGUAUUGUUUGUUGUUUCAGCCAAUUUAAAGGGGGCUUUGCUCCUAUGCCAUACCAUUUUCACAUGUAUGUCUAUACUCUUUGAAUGCUACAUUCUUCAGCUUUCGGUGUUCGUCACAAAGGAAACCAAAACAAACUUUUUUUUCAUCUCCUUUAAAGCAACACAAACAAGACUAGUAUGUUUAUUUUUUAUUUUCUACUGUAUAGCAGGCGCUUCACAGACUCAAUUGUUUUCUUCUCACCAGUAUCUUGCACUUGUAGCAAUACACAUGUAGCAAUACCUACAGGAUGGGACAUUGUGUGAUUCACCAGUAUUUGUUUAAGUGAUAUAUGAUAUUUUAUUUCUGGAUAUGGUUUGGCUUUGUAUAAAACAAAUAUAUACUGUACAGAUUCAAAGUAUAUUAUGAAAAAAAAACUUUUAGAAAAAUAUUUAUUUUUACUGUUUUGUAAUUUAGACACAAUACUGUAGCUCCUCUAUUGCCAGACUUACUGGAAGUGCCUCUCGAUAAUGUAUUACAAAUUAACUAUACAAUAUAUUGGGAUUAUUAGAACCUGUCUCUAGAGCAGUGUUGAUGUUGUAAUGUGAAUAUUGUUGAAUAAUAAGAUUUAUAAAUGCUGCACAUGUGUCUGUCAUUUAUCCAAGUUUCAUUUUGACUAGGACAUUUUUAUAACAAAUAGUGAAAUGUAUUUUUUAGUCCGGUGGUCCAGAAAAGUCAACUUGUCAUAGUAAAGCAAAGCCUAACUAACAUAAAGGACAGCUCCCUGCAUUUGGCCUAUUUAAUAGUUGCUCGGA